UACAUGCUGUGAUACAAAGAUGUAGAAAUUUGGCAUAUAAUAGUUUAAUAAGUUUUAAACUACAUAAGUAGUUCGGAAUGUCAUAUACAGGAAGUGACGUCGACAAAGCCGUUCAAGCGUGUUCCAUGUGUUCUUAAACAUCCGGGUUUGUGACUGACACUUUCGAAUUUGUGAUGGACGCGGUGGAUUCCGAUGCGAUCUCGGUGCACGACUUCUCGGAGAAGAUUUUAGAGCAAGUUGUUCAUUUCCAUGUGAUGAAAAUGAAAGGCGGGUUCUUCCUCUGGAUCGGCGCUACUCCCAACCUGUCAAACUUGGCUGUUUCAAUGAGCAGUAAAUACGAUUCAAUGCCAUUGUCAACAUUACUGCUAGGAGACCCGUCAGACACAGCACCAAAUGCACUGGCACAGAGACUUGCUAAGAAAACAAAAAAGCAGGUGUUUGUCAGCUACAGUCUUCCAUCCACAGACUCCAGUCUUAUGCUGCUAGUGGAAAACAGAAUAAAGAAAGAAAUGGACCAGUUCCCUGACAAUUUUUAGUUUUUUUUUGUGCGUGUAGUAAAAUAAAUUUUAAAUGUGA